AUGCAUUGGCUCGAGACCCAGACUGGUCGGAAAGCUGAGUUCGAAACGCAAGAUACAACAGAACAAAGCAGCAAGGAAGAUCAAGCAAGUGCAGCCAGUACAGAUACAGCUCCUGAGCCCACUAUGCACGUCUGUAUUGCCCGCAAACUGCAAAGAAGAAAGGAGGACGGCGAACGUAGAGGCGUUAGAAUUGCCGGACACCUGGAAUGGGAGAAGAGAUUGGAUUCGCUUCGGGAGAUGACUCCGCUAGCAGAAGAGGUUCCUGCUGCUGUUCGGGCUCUGGCGGCAUUGAAGGAAGAAUGCGAUGCUACAUAUGCAAUGCUGGAACUUGUUAGGAAGUGUGACCCGGACAGGAAAAGUAAUAGUUAG